AUGAGGGCGACAACCGCACACUCCGUGCUUCUCCCCCUAGCCUCCCUCGUCGCCCUCGCAGCAGCAGGAUGUAACGGCUACAUGCUGUAUCACGUGCAGAGGGCAUUCGCAUCCGCCCCGUCGCCAGAACACACCCUAUUCCGCUGGCGGGCGCUCCUCAUUGCCGCCGAAGCCGUGUGCGGUGCCACAGCACUAUACGCGCUCGCGCACUCUCUCGUGCGCCGCCGCAACGCCUACUCGGCGCUCGUAGCAACUCACACCGACGUGCUUUGCCUGGCGGUGCUCGGCGGUGGGGCUGCGGCCAUCGGCGUGCUUCUCUUCCUCUCAUACUCGCCCGCCCGAGACCGCCUCUAUUCCCUGGCGCAUUGCGCGGGGCUCGCGCGCCGCUGCACCGUGCACUUUGCCGGCGGCGCAGCGCUGCUCCUCGCUGCGCUUCUGCUCCUCCUUAGCGCUCUCUUUGAGGCGAUCUACGCAUCGCAGCACCCUGGCGGGUGGGGCGAAAGCCUGCACGCCCUCUCGUCCGACCUCGGCAGCGACGGCCCGAAAUACAAGAAGCGCAAGAGCCAUAUGUCCAUCUCGGAGCCGUUUCAAGUCAAGGAGGGGAGCAUCGACGUCGCGCCGCUGAUGCACGCGCCCGCGCCGUGCGCGACCCUCCCUUCGCCCUCCUCGGCUUUUAGGACGCUCGACGACUAUCCGCGCAACACUCCUGCCCCGCCCUCCCCCGCGCGCCCAGAGAGCGCUCUUGGCCCCACGUUCCCCAAGUCGCCGAGCACGGGUAGCGUCUCGACGCUGGCGACGACGCCGCUCUUCGGCCUCGCCCCGGCAUACAUCACGCCCGGGCAGCGCACGAGCUCGCUCUCGCCCACACCGUCACAGAGCGCGACGUUCGGCCGCUCCACCAUCUCCGCCACGAGCGGGGGCAGCAACCCCAGCCUGCACGCCAACCCGUACCGCACCCCCUCGCAGCGCAGCACAAACCCGUACACGUCGUCGCCGAGCACCACCUUUUCUUCGGAGAACGCCCGCUCGCCGUCGCAGCGCACCAACCCGUACUCGGACGCGUAUGCGGCCCCGCACGAAGAUGCGCGCGCACUCUCCGAGUCGUCGCAUGCGAGCCACAAGUCCGCGCGGUCGUACCCGUCGUCCCCGCGGCGCGAAAAUCCAUACAAGACAGGCCUUAGGCCGCCGGCGAUGCCGGGCGUCGAGGAGCGGCCCAAGCUCAGCAUGGAGCAGCUGGACCGCAAGCGCACGCUCUUCGCCGAGGGCAUGUUGUGAGGCGCGGAGGGAGUACUAUACAUAAUCGUAAUGCUGGGCGGAUGUAUGUUGUGGCCGUUGGUAGACGGGGAGUGAGAGGAUCUGCACCAGAGCCUCCAAUAGCUUGGAAGCACCAGCGCAUGCGACUCCAUCACGCGCGCCGCUCUUGGCCUUUGUGACUCUGUCGGCCGAUGCCACAGGAGAGAGAUGGAGUUGGAGCCCUGAACAUGAAAGAAUCUGUGCGUCGGGGCUUUGCGAGUGUCGAUCCGUCGAUCUCGGGAUAUACGGUCCAAAGGAGGGAGGAAUCGACGGAGUUUUGAGAACUGAGGUUCACUCUGUUCCUGUUUAGCGUAUGCCCUCAUACUUGCUCGCUUCCAUCUGCGCGCACGAACUCGGCGCCGCAUUGCAUUGAGUAGAGGAUGAAGCGGUAGGUGGAUGCAUGGUUGUGCUGCUGGAGACUGCGGUGAAGCUGCG